AUGGACUACUUGCCAGACAGUCCACGUGUGCGCUCAGACAGCAUGAGCAGCUCAGCAUCUCAGGGCUCGAGGUCCAAGAUGCUCCUCCGCCAGCGUUUGUCCCAGCUGCUCACCUGCAUAGAGGACAUGAGCUCUGACGAUGAAGCGAGUGAGGAAGUGUCCCGCACGCUGGAUGAAGCGUUCCAGCUCUGCGGACGCUACGUUCCCACAGAUGCGUUCAGGCUGCACAUGGUGACCUGGAAUGUGGCCACAGCAGAGCCUCCUGAAGACGUCACCGCUUUGCUGCAACUGGAUGUCCAGCCCCCCACAGAUCUCUACGUGAUUGGCCUGCAGGAGGUGAACGCCACCCCUGUGAGGUUCAUCUCAGACCUGUUAGUGGAGGACUCCUGGAGCCACGUCUUUAUGGACACACUGGCACCCAGAGGAUUCGUCAAGGUGACAUCAGUGAGGAUGCAAGGUUUGCUGCUGCUGGUUUUUGCCAAACAAAUCCACCUCCCCUACAUCAGAAACAUCCAGACCACCUACACUCGUACGGGCAUCUUUGGAUACUGGGGUAAUAAAGGUGGAGUGUCCGUGCGUUUUUCCUUCUACGGCCACAUGGUGUGUUUCCUCAACUGCCACCUAGCAGCCCACAUGAACUACGCUCUGCAGCGCGUGGAUGAGUUCGAGUACAUCCUGGAGGCGCAAGACUUUGACAUCACCGACACGCCACAUGUCCUGGACCACAAGGUGGUGUUCUGGUUUGGCGACCUGAACUUCCGCAUUGCAGACCACGGCUUGCACUUCCUCCGCUCGUCCAUAAACAGUGGACGCCUUAAUUUGCUGUGGAGCAAAGACCAGCUCAUCACGAUGAAGAAGAAGGAGCCAUUCCUGCAGGAAUUUGAGGAAGGGCCAUUAAAUUUUAAACCCACCUACAAGUUUGACCGCAACUCUGACACCUACGAUACCAGUGGCAAGAAGAGGAAACCAGCCUGGACUGAUCGGAUCCUCUGGCGCAUCAAACCCAAAACCCCACCAUCAGAGGACGAUGAUGAGAGGGCAUCCACUUCUACUGAUGAUGGACAAGAUGAGUAUCCAAUCCUGGUCACGCAGGAUAAAUACACCAGUGAAAUGAGCUACGGAGUCAGUGACCACAAGCCUGUCAUCGCAACCUUCAAUCUGGAGCUGAGGAAGUACUUUGACACCCCACUGGUGCACAUCACUCCUGUGGGUGUUUGGAGCGCCGACCAGGAUGCACUUCUUAAUUACACCAUCCAAGAGGACUUCAUGUCCUCCACAUGGGACUGGAUUGGCCUGUACAAGGUGGGAUUCAAGAGUGCGUCCGACUAUGAAACCUUUGUUUGGGUUCGGGAGAAUGAGCUGCCAGAGACAAAUGAAGUCAUACAGAUAUCUGUGGAUAAGGACGGGAUCCCUCUGCUAAGUGGAGAGUAUGUUUUGGGUUACUACAGCACAAACAUGCAAAGCAUCAUCGGCCUCAGCGCUAACUUCCAGAUCCUGGAGUCAAAGCGCGCCGUUAUGGAAGGCCUCGUUCCUGACAUCAACGGGCUCGACAAAUAAGAUCAAGUUCACUGCAGUGCCACAUCACAUUCCUCUCCCCUGCAAAUUCACACAGAACGGAUUCAGACUUUCAAAUGCCCCAAGAUCAACUCCAUCAUCUACUGGAUGAGCUGACUCAGUCAUUAAAUAAUGACCCACCACACUGCCCCAUCACAUGGACUGGAAACUUUAAUUUGUUGUUGCCGACUUUUGCCUUUAAGGAAUUCACCUUAAGUCAGAUUCACUCUUGCUGGAGCAGUUUCUCUACAAAAAAGAAAAAAAAGGUUCAUCGCUAUAAUGAGUAGCCGACCACCACAGGCCUUUUUUUUGCCUGUUAGAGCAGAAAAUAAAGGAAUAAACAUGCCAAACUACACCGUUGCUUUAAAAACAAAAGGCGUGCUUAAGUUGUGUUGUUUGAAAAUAGUGCAGGUUAAUAAGUCAUUGGUCAAAUAGUAUUUAAAAACACAUUUUUAUGUUUUGGUUUGGUCUUCAUUAGUGCCAAUGCAGAGAGCUGUACAAUAAGUGUAAGAAAGAUCAGCCAAUCAUAGGGAACUGUUGUAUAGAGAAUUCUAUGAUCAUGCAGGAUGUUUUACUUUAUACUGUCUUAAAUUCUUGCUAUCAGUUAUUUGCACCAGCCAUUGGACCUAAGUGUCUUUGGGUGGAAUGAAAAAGAUGGCAGAAAGAUUUAAAGUAUUAUGUACACAUUAAUCCCUCAAAGAACAUUUCAUGUUAGAUGUGGAUGCUGAUGUGGACUUGUACACUGAGGUGUUUUGAGUCAUUUAUUGCUUUAUAACAAAUAUGUGUAAUGUAUUGUAUAUGCAGUAAUAUAAGUCUAAUGUGUAUCAUGACAGACUCGAAGGCAGUGAACAUUAUCAUAAUAGGAUUAUAUUUUGAAUUUAUCUGGAUAACGAUUUGAAUGAAUUAUUUAUGUAUCUGGCUCUAAACUUCUUGACUGUAGUUUCUUAAAUUAGAAAAAUAUAGGAUGUCUUUUCUAUUCCAAUGCAAAAAUGAUGAUUGUUUUCAAAGAAAAAGUGUCCAAAUUUCCUGUUGUGUGCAUGCGUGUUAUAGUGAAGUUGUGUAUAUUUGGUUGACUGAUUGAUAGAGUGAAUAAUAUCACAGAACACAAUCAACAUGU